AUGUCCAAGCUGCGAAGCCUCUACCAUGCACAGAAGCCAGACAUCAGCAUCUCUCUCAGUGAGCGGCGAAGCACUUAUACCACUUUGGACAGGCUGACGGGCAUUGUUUCCAUCACCGCUCCAGUGGAUACUCCGUUUGAUGCCCUGAACAUCGAUUUCAUAGGCACUGCCAGGACCUAUGUCGAAAGACUCACCACAGCAGCUGCCAUCUCCGGACGUUCUGAGGCUUUCCACCAGUUCUUGAAGCUGGAACAACCACCCGCCCAGUUAGCUGCAUGCUUCCCACCUGACAGGAUCUUCAAGGCCGGCAGAACGUACGACUUCCCCUUUGAGUUUGCCAUACCCGAGCAGCUUCUCCCACGAGUCUGUCAACACAAGGUAGCUCAUCCAAUGCUGCGUGAGCUUCACACAAUUCUGCCACCCACGUUUGGAGACAGGGAUGCCGACUCCAAGGCCGAAGGAACCGAGAAAUCCAUCGACGACAUGGUACCAGACAUGGCAUCCGUCCGUUACGGAGUGUUUGUAAAAAUCUGCAAAGAUAAGGAGCAAGGUGACGAAAUUGUUCGGACGACCAUCGCAACCAAGGCCACCAGAGUUCGUGUCAUCCCAGCUGUUCCUGAAGCUCCGCCGUUGGACACAAGCGGCAAUAGAGAAUACACGAUGCGCAAGGAGCGCACCGUGAAGAAAGGGCUCCUGAAAGGAAAGCUGGGUACUCUCGUGAUGGAGGCUGCUCAACCACCAUCAAUGCGACUGCGACCCCGUCGUGGUUCAGACUCCGAGACCUCCAUAGCCACAAUCAUGCUGCGCUUCGAUCCGAUCGACGAGAAAUCACAGCCACCAAGUCUUGGAAGUCUGACGAGCAAGUUGAAAGUGCUCACCUACUUCGCUAGCACUGCCCGCCAAUCUCUGCCAAGCAAGCAAGCAUCUCUCCUCGAUCUGUCCCAAGGUCUACACGCUCAACAGCUGAACCUGUCUUCGCGUUGUGUCGCAAAUGUCGAAUGGCAAGAACACAAAGCUAGCGACGAGCUUCGCCGGUCGGAUUCCGUGACUUCCACCUCAUCUCUGAGCACUGGCGAAACUCCGCGGCCAAGCGAGACUUUCAGGAAGGGUAGAUACUGGACGGCUCGCAUCGUGGUUCCAAUCAAUCUUCCCAAGAACAAGGCAUUCGUGCCUACAUUCCACUCAUGCCUCAUCAGCCGCAUCUAUCAGCUGAAAAUGGAACUUGGUCUACCCGCUGCUGGACUUGCCGGCACCAUGGACCUAAAGAUACCUUUCCAGAUUUCCUGUGAAGGGUCCGCAGGGGUGCUGAGUCCUCGCAGAGUAUCUGUCGAGUCUGCGAUUGAGGGCGUAGACAUCUCGGACGAUGAGCAGCCGCCAGACUUCUUCGAGCCAAGAACCAUCCACAUUCCAUCACCUGAGUACCAAGGCCAGAGCUGGCUUGGACGAGCCGCUCCUAGGGCUCCGCGAGAGUCAUUUAUCGAUGCACCUCCCGGUUAUUCAUACUUCGCGCGUUCGCACACGACGAGGGUGCCGGUCUUUUAGACCAUUACCUCCACGGGCCGCUUUGGCUUCGACCACAUUGCACAUUCGACAUUUUGACGACCUAACGACGUUGUGAAGAAGCAUUGUAUUCGAGUCAGACCAUAUCCAAGUUGGACAAAGUUCCUGGAAUGAUACCCUAAAUACUUUUCGGUUAGCACGGCGUUAUGAAGGGAAAGGGAGAUAUGGAAUAGAUUCGGCGGAUUUCCAA